AUGGCCGGAAACUUUUGGCAGAGCAGUCAUCGUGAGCAAUGGAUUUUUUCAAAAACGGCCCUCUGGCGCAUGCGGCAAGAGGAUUUGAAAAUCUACACUGAAGACGAGUAUCAGAAAGUGAUGAUUUUCUUCUGUAAUCUAAUCCAGCAAAUCGCGCUCGACCCCUCGCAGACGCCAAAAGUUCGAAUGCAGGUUGUAGCGGCGGCUUUUGCCUAUUUCAAGCGGUUUUAUGCGAGGAGAAGCUUCAAAGAUAUCGACCCGUUUGUGCUCGCCCCCACUUGCAUCUACCUGGCAUGCAAGGUCGAGGAGUUCGGGAUGAUGAGCACGAGCAAGCUCAUGAGUUCUGUUGCCUCCAUGUUAAAAGCCCGAUGGGACUGGAUUCAAGUCGAGGUCUCCCAACGCGUCGGCAUUAUCCACGAGGCCGAGUUUAUCUUGCUGGAGAUGAUGGACUGCUGCCUGAUCAUCUACCACCCCUACCGAGCGAUAACCUUCUUUAUACAGGAGAUGAAGAAUGCGCAAAUCAAAGACUUGGACGAGAUCGAGUGUACGGCUUGGAAAAUUUGCAACGAUUCGAUUCGAGGCGACUUCAACCUGCUCUACCCGCCACAUUUGAUCGCGCUAGGUUGUCUAAUCCAAGCCGCGCUUAUGCACAAUCGCCAAAACGACAUCAAAACAUUUUUGACCGAUUUAACGGUGGACUAUGACCAACCGCUGACCGGAUGUCCAACUUUUAAUCGGCGUGCAACGGUAACCGACGUGCUCCAGGACCUCCAGAAGCUCUACCACCUCUGGGCGAGCUUUGACGAGAAGGCCGAGCUGCAGGGGCUGCUUGAUAAACUACCAAAAGCCAGUGCGACCGUCACGGUGCCGGUUGUCACCCCGCAACAACACCAGCAGCUUCCGCAACAAAUGCAGCAACAGCAAAUCCAACAAGGCCAAAUGAUGAGCAGCCACGCGCAGCUACAGCAGCAGCAACAACAACAACAGCAGCAGCAGGGCCACCUACCCCAGCACUUACAAGCCCGCGGACUACCUCAAUACCACCAGCAGCAGCAAAUGGCCCAGAUGGCGCAGCAGCAGCAGCAGAUGCACGGUCAGCAACAACAGCAGCAGCAGCCCAUCCAUGGUCAGCAUCCACAACAGCAGCAACAUCAUCUACAACAACAGCAACAAGGACAGGGAUAUAUG